GGUGCAAUGCACCCACGGCGCACGAAAUAACUCCCUAGAAACGGAUAAAAAGAAGCGGCAAAGAAAAUACGCCGUCGACGAGGUGCGCAGGAUAAGCAGCGAUGCAACUGACUCACCACUCCUCUUGUAAUAACUCAUCUCUCUUCACCAAUCCUUCUCUCUCCACCGCCAUUUCCCCGCUCUCCUCCUUCUCCCGUUCAAAUUCCACCACAAAUUUAAAAUUACCAAAACUCAGACGCGCCCACGUCCCUCUCUGCACUAAAAAUGGAGUCUUUGAGCGAUCCAAGGAAGCCCCUUUUCCCAAAAAGGCUGAGAACGAUGAAGAGCUAGAAGAGCUUGAGCUGCUCAACAAGCCCUCUCCGAAGCCAGUGAGCGAUUUCGAGGCCGUGGAAGAGGAAGAGGUGAAGAAGGUCGAUGCUGAUGAGAUUUUAGCCCCUUUCUACAAGCUGUUUAGGUCACCAGAGGAAGAAAUUGAUCAAAUUGAUAGGGAAAUUGAGGGUGAAAUUGAGGGGAAAUUGGGGGAAUUUGGUGUGGAGUAUUAUGAGCCUAAGCAAGGGGAUUUUGUGGUGGGGGUGGUGGUUUCUGGCAAUGAGAAUAAGCUUGAUGUGAAUGUGGGAGCAGAUAUGCUGGGGAUAAUGCUGACAAAGGAUGUGCUGCCUUUGUAUGAUAAGGAGAUGGGGGAUUUGCUGUGUGAUGUGGAGAAGGAUGCUGAGGAGUUUUUGGUUCGUGGGAAGAUGGGGAUUCUGAGGAACGACGAGGCGAUGGGCGGUGUGGCUUUGCCGGGGAGGCCUGUGGUGGAUGUGGGGACUGUUCUGUUUGCUGAGGUCUUGGGGAGGACACUUGGUGGGAGGCCGUUGCUUUCGUGUAGGAAGCUAUUUAGGCGGAUUGCGUGGCACCGAGUGAGGCAGAUUAUGCAACUAAAUGAACCGAUUCUGGUUAAAAUCACGGAGUGGAAUACUGGCGGCCUCCUUACAAGACUGGAGGGGCUGAGGGCUUUUCUUCCAAAAGCCGAAUUGAUCAACAGAGUUAACAAUUACACAGAACUUAAAGAGAAUGUUGGAAGGAGGCUCUACGUGCAGAUUACUAGAAUCAAUGAAAACACCAACGACUUGAUACUCAGCGAGAAGGAGGCUUGGGCGAUGAUGAAUCUUCAAGAGGGAACACUUCUAAAUGGAACGGUCAAGAAGAUUUUCCCGUAUGGUGCACAGAUAAGGAUAGGUGAUACAAAUAGGAGUGGAUUGCUGCAUAUUUCAAACAUAUCUCGAGGGCAUACCACUUCUGUCAGCGACUAUCUUGCAAUUGACGACGAGGUUAAAGUUCUUGUUAUAAAGUCAAUGUUUCCUGGGAAAAUUUCUCUGAGCAUUGCUGAUCUCGAAAGCGAGCCCGGUCUAUUCCUGUCGAACAAGGAGAAAGUAUUAUCGGAAGCUGAGGAUAUGGCGAAGAAGUACAGACGGAGGAUGGCAACCGUCUCCACCAAAAGAAAGAUAGAAGCCCUCCCUGUGGACGGCCUGCCAUUCGGAGAUGAAGAGAAGCUCUAUGCUAACUGGCAAUGGUUCAGGUUUGAGAGAAACAACGAGCUCAACCCGUGAGUACUCCAGAAAUUCGGGUGGAACGAGAACCAUCAAAAGAAGAAGGAAGGAGGGCUGUCUCGUACGAGACUCCUCUCCUUCCUCGUUCAACACGCUGAGGAGGUGUUCAUCAAGACGGCUGUCGCUACAGUCCAAAUGACUCUGCUGUUGUUAGUGCAUUCUUCAUCAAGGCGAGAAGGGACUCACUCGCGCAACAACCCCUUCCCCGGUUCUCAUAAAUCGAGCUGUUCAUACCCUAAUCUUGAAUUUUUUGCAUAAAAUGUGAUAGUUGUUUAUAUCAAGAAAAAAAGAAGCAUAAUAGUGUUAGAGAAAAUCCCUCUUUUCUUUCUUCCACUCUUCUUUAAUGUUGUAAGUUUCUACUGAAUGCUUCAUAAGUUUUAUUUAAGAUAAGAUUUUGAAGGUUGUU